AUGCUUCUAGCAGAGCUGAUGAAAUUUACGUGCAGUGCAUUAAAUUUUCCAAUAUCCCAAUCUCACUUCUACACAAAUUCAACUAUCGUUCUUUCUUGGUUGGGAUCGCCAUCCAGCCGAUGGAAAACCUUUGUUGCCAACAGAGUAGCAAAGAUCCUAGGCUUAUCUUCCCCAAAUCAGUGGCAUCACAUUAGUGGUGAUACAAAUCCAGCAGAUAUAGCAACCCGUGGUGUGUCAUCAUCAACAUUAUUCACAUCUCAGUGGUUUAGUGGUCCAACAUUUCUGUAUCAACCGAUUUCUUUCCAAACAGAUAUGCUCAUAUCUCAAAUGUGUGAGCCUAUGCCUGAAGAAAGAGUGUGUACUGUGCAGUCAAUUGCUACAAUCAGCCAUUCAUCUGAACCAAAUGAAUUGAUAAACAAUUUCUCCUAUUUCUCUAAACUUAAACGUGUAACAGCAUAUUGUUUAAGGUUCAUUCACAAUUGCAGAAACUCCAAAAGUAAGGUAACUGGUUUUGUAAAAAGUGAUGAACUUAAUAAUGCUAUGAAUGUAUUGAUUAAAUUAGUUCAAUCUGUUGAGUUUAAUAAUGAGAUCAAUGCUCUCCAAAAAAAUCAACCCUUAUCUUGCAAAAGAAAAAUUUUAACUCUCAAUCCCUUUUUGGAUCAUUCAGGUAUUCUGAGAGUGGGAGGUCGCUUGCGACAUGCAAAUAUCGGAUACGACCAAAAACAUCCCAUCUUACUGCCAAAAAGGCAUACCUUAACUGAUCUCAUUGUUAGACAUUAUCAUCAAAAUUUAUUACAUGCUAGUGCUCAACUUGUACAAUCUUCCAUUCUGGAAACUUUUUGGAUCAUGGGUGCUAGAGAUAUUAUCAGACAUUUAAUUAGAAAAUGUGUUAAAUGUUGUAGAAUUAGAGCAUCUGUCACUAACCAAAUGAUGAGUGAUUUGCCAUCCAGUCGAAUUUCUCCAGCUCCUACAUUUUUACGAUGUGGAGUUGAUUAUACAGGCCCGUUCCAAAUUAAAACAACUAAAGGACGGGGCUUUAAAACAUUCAAGGCAUAUAUAGCUCUUUUUAUUUGCUUUACAACUAGAGCUAUCCAUUUAGAGUUGGUCCCUGAUCUUUCUGCAGAUGCCUUCAUUGCAGCCCUAAAGCGAUUUAUUUCACGUAGAGGUAAGUGUAGCGACAUAUACAGUGACUGCGGGUCUUUUAUUGGAGCUAAGAGUAAACUAAUGGAAUAUGAAAGACUAGCAAAUUCAAAGGGUUAUAAUCAAAAUGUUGACAAAUUUUUGUCUUAUAUGGGUAUACGUUGGCAUCUAAACGUGCCCGGCGCUCCUCACAUGGGGAGCCUAUGGGAAGUGGGCAUUAAAUCCACGAAAUAUCAUUUAAAACGGGUUGUGGGUGAUAUCAAAUUAACACACGAAGAAUUUGAGACCCUCUUAGCCCAGAUCGAAGCUUGUCUCAAUUCUCGACCUUUAACUGCCUUAUCUUGUGACCCUAACGACCUAUCGGCCUUAACACCAGGUCAUUUUAUAAUCGGAAGACCAUUAACAAGCAUUCCCGAACCAAAUUAUACCGAAUCUAACAUUUCUUAUCUUACAAGAUGGCAGAUAAUUCAAAAAAUGGUACAGUAG